AUGCGCCACCUGUCGCUGCACUUCAAUGCCUUGGAGCAGCUGCCGGAAGAGAUUGGGGGCUGCACCAGCCUGCUGUGGCUGUCGCUCCACGCCAACAAGCUGCGGACUGUGCCGGCGGAGCUGGGGCUGCUGACCAACAUGACGCGCCUCUCACUGCACAUGCUCGAGAUCGAGUCACUGCCCGCUGAGCUGGGCGGCGUCACGCGCAUGGAGGCGGUGUCGCUGUUCAAGUGCCGCCUCGUCAGCGUCCCGGGGCCCAUCUUCGCGGGCUGGCGGCUGCUGCGGCGGCUAGCGCUGUAUGAGAAUGCGCUGACUCGGCUGCCACCGGAGAUCGGAGACAUGCAGCACCUGCAGGAGCUGUGGCUGUAUGAGAAUCGCCUGGAGCGCGUCCCGCCCGAGAUCGGGCGCCUGAAGCAGCUGCAGCGGCUGUGGCUGGACCGCAACGUGCUGGUGGAGCUCACGCCCGCCAUAGCUGGCUGCGACAAGCUGCAGGAGCUCUACCUGAACAGCAACCGGCUCACCACACUGCCCAAGGAGCUGGCGCAGCUCACGGGGCUGAGGCGCCUCUACCUGGCGGACAACCCCGGUCUGGUGCUGCCACCAGAGGUCGCGGCCAUGACCGCGACAGCAGCCGGAGGGCGCGAGUACGAGGGCGGCGGCCGCGGCGGGGAGGCUGGGGCGGCAGCAGCUGCGGCGCCCGCGGGGCCAGCGGCGGUUCACGCGCUCGCCGAGCGUGUUGAGGCGUUCAAGCUGGAGUCGGCUCGGCGGGAGGAGGCGCGAGACACUUAG